UAAGGCCCUGGCUGGGUCAUGGUUUUUGGUCUGAUAUAUCCCUGGAAGCUUCUUUGGUGACCUGUGGACUCAGACCAGCUUAGCGAUUGCGAGUUGUGUGGCGUGUGUGUGUGUGUGUGUACAUGUGCGUGUGUAUCUGUGUGUGUUUCUGUGUUUGAAGAGGGUUGUGUGUGGGGGUGUUUGGGGUGGGGGAGAGUUUUUGUGUGAAAGGCGUUGGUGUGUUUUUCUAGUUAGCAUUGUUAGCAUAGUUAAUAUAGUCAGUAUUGUUGCUUAGUAUUUUAGUGUACUUUGGUAUAGUCAGUGUCGUUGCUUAGUAUUUUAGCAUAGUCAGUAGAGUUAGAGUAGUUGUAUAGCUGGUGUAGAGAGAUAUCAGGCACCAUGAAGCAGGGAUUGGCCUCCACCUCACCUGCCCUGGGGCCAUUGUAUUAUCAAAUACUGGACUUCAUAGGCUGUGGUGCCUUUGGUGAGGUCACGCUGGCCCAGCACUUGAUGACUAGCACCCGGGUGGUGGUGAAAACAAUCCACAAAACUGGCUUCCUCACUAGCCACAGAGAGACGACUGUUUUAAAGUUGGUGCACCACCCCAAUAUAAUUAAACUAUAUCAGAUUAUUAACACCACAGAGGGGUGUCACUUGAUACUGGAGUAUGCAUCUGGAGGAAGCCUGUCCGACUGGAUUCAACACAACAUUGUGAUGGAGGAGGAGGCCCGAGGCAUGUUCCAGCAGAUGCUGUCCACCAUGAGGUACGUCCACAGAAAAAGAAUCGCAUAGAGACCUGAAGCCGGACAACAUCCUGAUGGACGGGAAAGGAAAUAUAAAAAUUGCAGAUUUUGGCUCAACAACAACUUACUAUGAGGGGCAGAGGCUGACAGUAGGUCAUGGCACCCUCCCCUACAUGGCACCAGAACUCUUUGGGGGCCAGGGCUACCAAUGCCCCGCCAUGGAUGUUUGGAGCCUAGGCGUCACUUUGUUCGAGAUGGUGUCCAACACUCUGCCCUUCUUCUCAGUGAGUGCUGUGCAACUCAAAUCCAUAAUUAUAUCUGGAAAGUAUGUUUGCCCGCACUUCUUUUCAGAAGCCUUAAAAGCCUAAUGAAAAAACUCUUAACAUCUGAUCCCAAUGAGCGGCCGACAGUAGACAAAGUCAUGAGGGACCCGUGGGUGAACAACGGCCAGGAGUUGCCUCCACCAACAUAUGAAGAGCAAAUUCUAGACCACCCGAACCCUGAAACCAUCCAGCUCUUGGUGGCCAUGGGAUUGAAGGCAGAAAACAUCUCAAAGGCAAUUGAAGAAAACGUAUUUAUUAUCCCAUGGCCACCUACCUUAUUUUAGAUGGAGAAAAAAAGCAAUCCACUAACACACUACAGUCUCUUGCUCCUGGGGAUCCCACAUGUUCUUUUAUGACUCAAACUUCCAGUUCACCUGCCGGCCUGCACAGGAAGCCAGAGAGUUUUAAUCCAGACCCCCAGCAUGCCCCCACGGCCUCCCUGACCAUCGAGCGCUCCAUCAGCAAUUGUGGAGAUUUAGAAAACUUGGCAUGGCAAGCACUCCAGUGUGACCGUGUGGCCUCCUCCAUUGUGAGCUCCAUAGGCGGUGGUGGUGCUUUAGAAACCUUGGCAGAGCAAGCCCCCCAGCGUGACCUCGUAUCUGCAGCCUCCACCAAGUGCUCCACCGGCAGUGAAAAUUUAGAAACUUUGGCUCAGCCAGCCCUCCCGCAUAACCUCACGGCUGCCUCCUCCACCCAGAUCACCACCCAGGGCACCCUGGCUCAACAACCAGUACAGGAAGCCAGCAUCCUCCAAGCUGGGCAGCCCGAGGCUGUGUUGGCCCAGCCAACAAGAGGCUGGAGCUGCUGCAGGGCUGCCAGAAGAUGCAUUGCCAUAAUAAGGAGAUGCUGCUGUGCCCACCCAAGAGAAAGAGUAAGAGGGCCCACCCAAGAGAAAAAAUUGGAGAGGAUGAAGGCCCUGAGGUCCAGGAACAUUGAAACCUGAGACGCCCAGGAGCAACAUUGGAGCCUGCAGCACUUUAUAUAAAAAAAUAUAAAAAUAAAUUUAUCAUUCUGAUAAAUG